CAACUACGACAACAAGUACAACAGAACCAUCAACUACGACAAGUACUACAGAACUCCCAACUACGACAACAACCUCAACAGAACCAUCAACUACGACAACGAGUACUACAGAACCUCCAUCCACGACAACAGAAGAACCAGUUAUACCUGCAGAACUUACAACUACAACAACAACUCCAAAAACGUGCAAGGACCACUCUGAUUGCCAUGACAACAGCUUCCUCCCAUUUUGCAAUGAGAACGAAGACGGAAUUAAAGUUUGCGGGGAUCCACAUAUUAGACUGUACAUAAAUGGCGCGAAAAGGAAAUAUCCCAUAUGCUUCGAGUUUGUUGGAAAAAUGGAUCAUUCAUACUUAUUUGUAAAAGAUGGCAACCUAGAAAUUAGAUCCACUUUUGGCCAUGAAGAGAUCCACAAACGGGACAAUGGGGUUGUGAAUUACUUCAGCAAAAUGUGGAUAAGGAAAGGAAGGACUCAGCUUCAUAUAGAUCCAAAUAGCAUCAUGCUAGAAGACAAUGGCAAGCAAGCUAUCUUUCCUUGGACCGGAAGUGGUGUAUCAAGCAUACAAUUGCAUGAUGGGAAAUUGAAGUUAAAGAGGGGUAAUGAUCUGUACGUGUUUUUUGAAGAUGAAGCGUUUCUGAUCAUCAUAUCUAAGGGCACCAUAAGAAGAAAAGUGGAUAUGUUAAGUUUUUCCUUCACCAAGAAAACUGGUUUAUCUCCCAAUGCCGAUGGAAUUAUGGGUGCAUUUGCGAAAAAGGCUCAACUUUUGCCGGGUGAGUUUGCGAAAAAGAGACACGAGGUGCAUGGGCAACACUAUGAAAACAGUCAUGGCACGGUUAAUAUUGGGACUUAUGAUCUGCAAGUGCAUUUUUCAAACAAGUGUUGGCGGAUUAACACUGAGAGCAGGGAUGACUUUCACAAGAUCUUGGAUGAAUUUGAAAUACCUCGAUAGUUAUGUGUGUUUAGUUUUCAAAAGUAUUUAAAAUGUAAGCAAUGCACAAAUGAAAAAUAAUUGCUAUUUUUCUGAACAAA